CGGCUGCACCGGGGAGGCCUCUGCCGCCGCUGCUCGCACCCUGCCCCUCUGCCCUCCCCCGCUGCCGCAGCCGCUGGCGCCGGGGCACCCGCCCCAGAGAGCCCCCAGCUGUCUCUAGGCUCCUCCUGUGGCCGGGAGCGGUGGAGACUGCGCGGACAGAGGGCCCGGGAUGCCCUGGUGUCGGGAUCGCAGGAUCGCUGCGCCGGGAGAGACCUUUAACAUCAUCGAGCCCAACUUUGCCCUCUCUGCCGAGGCUGGUGCUAAACCAUGUCCCUCAGCACCACAUCUCUGCAGCUUUUAAACCGCUCCCGGGAUGGGGAUUCACUCACACCGCCGCUGGGCAGCCUGUGCCAGGCUCGGAGAGCCCUUCCAGUGGAGAGCUGUCUCCUUACAUGCAGCCCAGAGCUCUCUUGCGCUGCAGCUUGAGGCCAUGUCCUCUGCUCCCCCUGGCUUUGUCUCUCUGCUGCGUUCGGGGUUUUGCUAACCGCGGCCGGUCAGCCUGACCCACGCUGCAGUUCAGGGCGCACUGCCCUGGCUGUGCCACGGGAUCCAGGGAUGUCUACGCCGUUCGUGCCAGCCGAAGUCCUUUCCGUUUCUGCUGACUUGGCUGCGGCGUGCGGAAGCAGCCUCUGACAACACCUCCUCGUUCCAGCAGUGUCUCAGCUGGGCUCGGCCGGGCUCUGCCUGCCUCUGCUGUGCUGUGCCGUACCAGGCUGUGCCAUGCCUCAGCACCCACCGUCCUGCUUCGGCAUGUGGCUGCUCCUCGUCCUGCUGCAGGCUGCAGUCCUGGCCGCUCAGCUCUGCGAGGCCCCGGGCGAGGCGGGGGCGGCAGCGGUGCAGGCGCUGAGCCGCCGGCUGCUGGGGCUGGCGUCGGACCCGGCGCGGGACCCCGACCCCAGCGUCUACCUGGCGCUCCGCCUGGCUGCUGACCACCACCUGGCCGCCGAGCAGCGGUACCUGGCGCGGCUGCAGGACACCUUCCAGAGGCGCUACAACCAGACCCUGCAGGAAGCUGUCCAGUCCCACGGACACCCUUCCAGGGACGCCACGGCCUCCAAGAGCAGCAGGGGUGAGGAGUGGCCGGAGACGGGGCGGCUGGCGCUGUACCUGCUGGGGCUGCGAGCCACUUGCCCCUCACCGGAUCCCGGGUCCCAGCGCUCACUGGUGACGUGGCUGAAGUACCACCUGGAGGAGGACUGGGCGGGCUCCCGGCGGCACGGCCACCCCCUCACCAGUUACUACCAGUAUGGCCUGGGCAUCCUGGCACUGUGUGCCCACCGCAAGCGGGUGCGGGAGGAGGUGAUCCGCCGGCUCCUGGAGGCUGAGCACCACCACAAGUUCAGGCACGCUGGUGGCAGCGCCGUGGACACAGAGGCAGUGGCAGUGCUGGCGUUCACCUGCCUGGAGCGGGAGCGCCUGGUGAGGUCCCGGCUGGCAGCGGAGCUGCGGGCGGCCAGGCGCAGGGUGAGGAGGAGGAUGGUGGAGGAGCAGCACCCCAACGGCUUCUUUGGCAACGCCUACAGCACCCCGUGGGCCAUGCAGGUGUUCAUCGCCAGCAACAUGUGCCAGCUGAAGACAGUGUAUGGCCAGGCCAUGGCUGCCCUGCUGAAGAACCUGGAUGCCUUCACCAUCACUGCCACCAUGGCCCAGGUGCUGCCAGUGCUGCACGGCCGCUCUUACCUGGACAUCGCCUCCAUGCGCUGCCAGGAGGAGUCAGACACACUGACACCCAUCAGUCCUGUGCCACUGCCCGAGCUGCUGGGGACCAUGAUGGUGCGGCUGGUGGUGGAGUGUCCCUUGCCACAGUGUCCCCAGCACCGACUCUAUGACCAGCUGGUGCCUGCUCCUGCUGGUGCCUCCCUCCUGGAUGUGCUCAGGGCAGCUGCUGCUCAGGAACCUCACAACUUCACGUUUGACACCCAGGAGACCCCCCAGGGCCCCUUUCUGAUCAGGGUGCUGGGUCUGGAGGCCCAGCAGCGGAAGCGCAGCUACUGGCAGCUCCUCACUGACUCCGGCACCAGCCUGCAGAUGGGUGUUGCCGAGUACAGACCUCAGGAUGGGGACAGCAUCAUCCUUCGCCUGAGCGAGUGGUAGAGCGGAGCGGGGAUGACGGCAAUGAAACGCCCUCCGCGGGCACAGGA